ACAAACCUGUAAAAAGCUGCCGAGCGGCAUAGCUGAAUAGCGACGAGUCUCUCCCAUAACCUGCAUUGUCACACACCUAUUACACCCGUCAGUACGUCAGACUGCUGGCAAUGACAAGAUGUCCCCACACUGGAUGGAACAGCUGCACCCACCACUGAAAUGUGCUUUCUGCUUGGAAUCAACUUUUACGCAAUUGUCUCUAAAUCUCUGCUCUCCUCCACACCUUAUACUGACAGGAGUAAGCAUUAGAUAGCUUGUUACUAUCUUGGUUGAAUCUGUGAAAUCCUCCCGACCAGAAUGCUUUUAGUAGCUUUAUUUGCGCUGACUUCUCUUGUAACAACUGGCAGAGCUUUAUCUUGCACAAAAUGUUCAAGCUCAUCAAACUCAGACUGUACGGGAGGCACUGUGAACUGUCCAGCCGAGAAUGAAUGCUCCACUACACACAUUGAAACCAUCACCCAAAAUGGAACUUCUACAAAUAUAUUCAGAUCAUGUUCUCCAGUUAAACAAUGUAACAUGACUGGAAGCAGCACUUUCCCAGGAGGGUCCCUAAGGAUGGCAAUUUCAUGCUGCUCAAUAAACAAUAGAUGUUCCCCCUCUAUACCUAAAUUACCAGAAUACAAUACCACAACACAAAAUGGGAAAUCCUGUUCACAGUGUCUGUCAAUUAACAGUGAGCAGUGUACACCGGACAACAGCAUGCUGUGCACAGGCAAUGAAACGAACUGUAUGCGCCUUGCUAGAACUGAUACAGGGUAUCAAACAUCUGCACUGGCAUUUCAGGGUUGUGCCACAGAAAGUAUCUGCAAGCUCACCAGCACGCUUUUCACCACCAGUGGAAUAACCACGACCUAUAAUUACGUCUGCAAUAGUGCAAGUCUUGGACUCCAUCAUGGCGCCCUCGUGCCGUUGAUUGUUUUUGCUCUUUUACUGAAAUUAUUGCUUUAGCUACGGAAUCACAAGUAUCUUUUUAAUCUUUGUGAUAUACUAUAAGUUACGGACUUCUGGAUUAUUGUCAUUAUGGUGCUAACUUUUUUGAAGUAGCAUCACUAUUUUUCUUGCAGUAUUGAAUGUCAAACCAAAUGUAUUGUUAUUUAAUAAGAAGAAUGUGUAAAAAGUAUAAUAGUAAAAAUAAAAUUCCCUUUGGAUCUACUA